UCGUUUGAGAACCGUUGAGAACAGUGCAGUGAAGAUCUUCAGAAUGAGAGCAUUUGUGUUCUGUAUGUUGGUAGCGGCUGCCGCCGCGGAAGCCCCUUUUGCUGGAUAUGCUCCAUCCGGAUGGCGUCCCCAGGGAGCCCAGUUCAGGCUUCCAAACGAAUACGGAGCUCCGCUGGUCCAGCAGCCACGUGUUCAGGUCGAGGUAUCCAAGCAGCGCGUUGCCCACACCGCCCAGAUUGCGCAACUUGUCGAGACGACCACCGAGCUGGCCAACGAGUAUCUGCCACCAACGACUACUGAUCUGCCAGAACAGCUAGACCCAAUUCGCGUGCAGGGUCUCCCCGACAGCCAGGUCAAGGACUUCCAGCGUGCCAACCCGCAAGUUCCGGCUCGUCGCGUAAACCAACCCGCUGCCCCCACCCAACAGCCUCUGUUCCCACUGAGUGGUCAACUCCGCGCCCUGCCCGGCUUCCCACAGUUCGGUCGUCAGGUCCAGCAACCCGUGCAGCCUCAGCAGCCCCAGCAACUCCCUGCCCAGACCUACGGAACCCCCGACCAGGACUCCGAAGAACAACCAGAAGAAGUCCAGCCAACCACCACCGUUCAACCCGAAUCCGACGACGACGACGACGAUCAGGAUCAGGAUGACCAGGACGAGCAAACCGAUGACGCCGGUCGCACCGUAGUGGCCGUUGCCAAUGCUUUCUCCGGCCAGUACUACAUCCUCGGAGCGGACAACACCCUGCAGCGUGUGACCUAUGCGACCUCCCAGGACGACGAGGAUCUGCGCAACAUGGGCUUCACGGCGCAACUCCGUUACGCACCCGUUGAACCCAUCACCGGGCCCGUCUACGCGUACAACGAGCAAGGACAGCUGGUCAGAAUCUACAAGUGAGGCGGAUUCGGAUCACGUGCCGACUUGUUUAACUUUUGCUUGUUUGUAAUUUAUUCUUUGGAUGUUUCGGCCGUUUUGAGCAAUAAAUUUUGUGUUUUGAACCAUUGCAA